CAUUUGUUUUUCCCCCACUUUUCUCUUGAAAAACCCUAACUCCUUCCUCGCGGCAAGCUGCAUAUAAAACCCCUUUAAAUCCUUCCUCGUCUCCGCCUCUUUCAUUCUCAUAGCUCCCACCCAGAGCCUCUCUCAAUUUCAAAGCCCAAAACCCUUUAAACCCUCUACUCUCAUUAAACAUGUCGUCCAUGGAGUUCUGGGGUGUUGAAGUCAAGGCUGGUGAGCCUCUUAAAGUGGAACCUAAAGAUUUCUAUAUGAUACAUCUUUCUCAGGCAGCCCUUGGUGAGUCUUCAAAGAAGGGAAACGAAUCAGUUCCCCUUUUCCUAAAGUUGGAUGAAAAGAAGCUUGUGUUGGGAACCCUAUCUCCUGAUAAGAUCCCUCAAUUGUCCUUUGAUUUAGUUUUUGAGAGAGAGUUCGAGCUCUCUCACAACUGGAAAAAUGGGAGUGUUUUCUUCUGUGGCUACCAAGCUGCUAUUCCUGAAAAUGAUUCUGAUUUUUCUGACGAUGGAGAUGAAAUCCCAUUUGAGAAAGUGGAGAAUGUGAAGUUUGCUACUGGUACAGAUAAAGCUGCCAAGCCUGAAAAACCAAAGGCUAAUCCUGUAGUGCCAAGCAAAGAUGAUGAAUCUGACGAGGAUGAUUCUGAUGACGAUUCUGAUGAGGAUGAUUCAGACGAUGGAUCUGAGGGUAUGUCUCUUGAAGAAGAUUUGGAUGAUGAAUCCGAUAGUGAAGAUGAAGAGACUCCUAAGAAGGCUGAGCAAAGCAAGAAGAGGACCAAUGACUCUGCAAUAAAGACACCAGUGUCCUCAAAGAAGGCUAAAACUGCUACCCCUCAGAAGACAGAUGGUGGGAAGGCUGGGCAAGUAACUCCCCACCCUGCAAAGGGAAAAGCUGCGUCAAAUGGCAACAACCCCAAGACCCCAAAAUCCGGUGGCAAUUUCUCCUGCAAAUCCUGCGAAAGGUCAUUUGGCUCUGAUGGUGCUCUGAAGUCGCACUCACAAGCCAAGCAUGGUGACAAGUGAAUUACCAUUUGAAAGAACUAUGUCAUAGGGUUUUGGUAUUCAUCUCUGGAGUAAAUGAGAGGUUUAUGUUAGCAACUCGUCCGUAAUUUUGUUAGAGAUCUACAUUUGAAGAAAUAUGUCGGAUGUAUUCCAUUUUGAGUUUAUGGGAACCGUUGCGAUGUUUGACCACUA